UCGGCCAUUUUAUAUUAAACGUUGGGUAUAUAUGGAUGUAAACUGCGGAGGUAACUUGUAAAAAGAAACCUGAUAGAUUUUUGUUGUUAAUACUAUUUCUUGUUAAUAUUAUUUCUUGUUAAUAGUAUUUAUUGUUAAUAAUAUUUAUUGGAAGUAGUAAAAAGGAUCUAUUUUUAAAUAUAAUGGGUAAGAUAGCGCGAUUAAAUAGUAAAAGCAAAGCAAAGCGUUGGCCAAAAGGUCAAAGCUCUAAUUCAAAUCCGGAAACAACAAAGCACCGAGAAAGAGCUACAUGGAUGUUUUUUAAAGAUUUUGGUGGAACGCCGGGUAUAACAACAGAAGAUUUGCAAAAACAUGAUGCUAUGCAAAGUAUUCUACCUCAAAUAGAAAAUAUAGAUAUCGAUGAAGAUCAGGUAGAAAAUAGUACAGAUGGCACAGUCGAUUCUGCGGGUACAUUUGCAAGCACUUAUAGUAAUUGUACAAAUAUUUCUUUCAAUCGAUUUUUAAGUCACUUUCAAUCUAAGUCGUUAAUCCAUAAGGAGAUGUUAGCAGUAUUAUCAGCAGUAACCGAAGUUAUUAAACAAAAUGGGGGGGCUGAAACCUCGACCGAGUAUUUCGCAGCAUUGAUGAGUACUCUAGAGGCAGUUGAUACGGAUACGUCCGUUGCUGCCACACUUUCACUUUUAGGUAUGGGAUUAAGAACUGUACCUAAAAAUGUUCUCAAUGCACAAUUUGGUCCAACAAGUCAAAUCUUUCUCCAAAUAUUAACAAAGUAUAUAGAAACAGAAAAUUUUCUAAUUAUAAGACACUGCCUCAGCUGUCUUUCACUGUUGUUACGGUUUCAAGAAGCCGCGGUUUGGUCAAAUUCUUCGACAAUGCAAAUUUUAGACGCCAUUUUGUCAUUUUCUAUUCAUAUUAAACCUAAAAUAAGGAAGGUAGCUCAGCAUGGAAUAUGUGCCAUACUUAAAGGAAGUGAUUUAAUGAGAAGUGAAAAUUGUCCUGCUUACCAUCCGGCUGCACCACAAGUUGCUAAACAUUGUGUAAAUCAAUUGAACGCAGCUUGCGAACCUGGUGGAAUAACCAACAUCCUUCAUACUCUCACGUUACUUAAGGACAUUAUCCACCAUUUACCAAAGUCAUAUGUAAAGACUAUUUGCGAGGGACUUUUAAGUAUUAUGGGAUUAAAAAAUGUUUUGAUAACAUCGUGCUGUUUGCAAACUUUGCAUGGAUUGUUCGUGUCUAGGCCGUCGGAAGUAAUAUUACCAUCGCAAAGAAAUGCUCAAAUUAUAACUGCCCUUUAUGAUUAUCAACCUCCUGCGAAUGAUGCACAACCAACUCUAGCUUGGUUGACCGUUAUGCAAGAGGCUCAUUGCAAUCUCAUUCAAAAUUCUAUGGAUAUGUGUGCUGCCAUUGUACCUCGAAUGUUAGAAAAAUGUAUUGAAUUGUGGCUCUCCGAUAAACAAGAAGUCAUAUCGGGUACAUCUCAUACCAUAAAAAUACUUUUACAAGAUUGCAUUGGCCCGCUAUGUGAAAAUGAAGAAAAAGUUAAAAGAUACAAAGUAAUAAUGGAUCAAAUAAUAGAUAUGAUGUAUAAAACAACAAAGUACCAGUAUCUUGACAGGAAUAUACCAUUUGAUAAUAUUCUUCAUUUAAUCGCAUUGCUCUUUCAAAUAACUAAAAAAAUAAAAAGUCCACAGCUUUUAGAAAUUUUGAAGACAUUAGCAGAAUUACGGGAAUCAUACAACUUUGCAUGUAAUGCAGGUGUUGAAUACGCGAUUGGAGCUGCUAUAAAAGCACUGGGUCCUCGUGUUGUUUUACAGACCUUACCUUUACAAAUUGGAAAAGAUGCUAUAAACUUAGAGAGAAGUUGGCUACUUCCAUUGUUGAAAGAUUGCAUAACUCAUGGAUCACUUUCUUUCUUCACAGAUAUGUUGCUACCAUUAGCAGUAAUAUGCAACAUAAAAUCUAAAGAACCAAUAGGAGGAAAAACUUAUGAAUUCCUUCUAACGCAAGUAUGGGCAAUAUUGCCAAGUUUAUGUAAUGAUGCUGAUGACGUGAAAGACAAUUUCAAGAAUAUCGCUAAAUUGCUGGGAACAAUUAUCAAUGGAGUUAAAGAUUUAAGAUUAUCAGUAAUGGCAGCUUUAAGAAAACUGAUCACAAAGGCAACAGAAGUUAAUAACAGUGAAGAUAUAUUGGAACUUGCUCGUUUUGCCAAAAAUUAUCUACCACUUUUGUUUGCUUUAUACACAACUAAACCAACUGGAACGGAUGAAGAGGGACAUCGUUUAGCUACAUUUGAUACGAUUAAGAUAUAUCUGACAAUAACAGACAAAAUAUUGGUAAAUGAGCUAUUUGAUAAAUCAUUAAGUAAAUUGAACGAUGUCGAAGCAGAUGAUUUUUUCAAAGAAAGCGUAUAUGACUUAAUAAGAUUGUUAAUCGAAUAUACUGACAUCGAUAGAUUAAAGAAAUUUUACGAUAUGUGUCUACCGUACAUAGAAGAUAAAACAAAACGAAAGGAACAGAAGAAAGCAUACAGAUUUAUAGAAGGAUUGUGCGGUAGUGAUAAAGAAGUGUGUAAAAAUUUUGUACAAGAACAUAGACGAGAAAUCCAAAAAAUGAUGAUUGCUUCUGCAACUAAAUUAAUUCAAACGAGUAAAGGAGCCCGUAUAAGAUGUUUGACACAUCUUGUAAAAAGUCACCCACAGUUAGAAAGAACGAAAUUUUUACAAGCCAUCAUUCCGGAAGCGAUAUUAUCCCUAAAGGAUAUAAAUCAGAAAUGUCGAAUUUCGGCAUAUCAAUUGUUAAACGUCAUUGCUGAUAAAUUUUUAGAAAAGCCUGAAUAUCUUAAAGAAUAUAUAGACAUGGUAAUUGCAGGCUUAGGCGGUGAACAAAAAUACAGUAGUUACACUCUACUAGCUCUUGCUUCCCUCACAUAUCAUUAUAAUGGUUCCUUGGGUAUAGAAACUUUGGAGGAAAUAUUAGGACAUGCGUGUUUACUUGUAGUUAGCUCCACAAGAGAAAUAGUAGAAUCAGCAUUGUCAUAUAUUAAAGUAUAUAUAACCGUAAUGCCGUCUCUGAUAAUAGCAAAAACAUUAACGAAAAUAGUGAGUGCUUUGUCCGAUAUGAACGAUGAUUGUAAAAGGCAUUUUAGGCAAAAAGUUCGAGAUAUCUUCACCAAAUUGAUACGGAAAUAUAGUAUAAGAACAAUUUCCGGAAUGGUGCCAGCAUCAGACACAAUACUUCAUAAAAGGUUAAAAAAUAUUCAUAAAGUAGAAGAAAUUAAAAAGAAAAGUAGGGAAUUGAAAAAAAUGAAACAAAGUGAAAAGGACACAGACACUGAUUUCAGUGCAAAAAGAAGACCAAAAAGCAUGGAAGAUCUCUUGGCAGACAGCGAAGAAUUUGAUGAUAUGGAUGAGGACGAACCAAAAAAGAACAACAAAAAGCGAACAUCAAGAAAAGAAGCUUGGAUCAAAGAGAACGAAGAAAAUAUUGUUGAUUUGAUUGAUCCAACAACUGCCAGAAAUAUAACUACAACUCAACCUGGGAAUGCAUCCAACGUGAAAGAACCCAUUAAAAAAUUGAAAGAACCAAAAGAUUACGGAUUUAAAACUGCUCCAGAUGGACGAAUUAUUAUUAAGGAUGAUAAUCAAAAAGAUGAUAGCGAUACGGAAAAUACAAAAAGAAAACGAUUAUUAUCCGAAGAUGAUUCGAAUGAUGACGAUUAUGAAGAUGACGAACAGGACAAAAAUUCAAUAAUAUCUAGCAACAGAAAACGAAAACAUGGUGCAUGUUCCGAUACAACAAGUUUAAAGAGUUUUGCUGUAUCGAAAUAUCGAGCUGGAGGUUCAGGUAUUCAUAGACCACUAAAAAUGCAAAAAAUUGAACAUACACCCGGUUCGGAAUAUCGCGCACAUAAAGCAGGAGGUGACAUCAAGAAGAAGGGCAAACCUGACCCUUAUGCUUACGUUCCACUGACAAGAGCUGCUCUAAAUAAGCGAAAGAAGAAAAAAAUGGCAACAAAGCUUCGAGGUAUCGUUGCUGGAGCUAAGAAAGGAGCACAAAUUGGAAUGAAAAGCAAAAGAAGUAAUAAAUAAAUAGAUCAUUUAUUACGUUUCAUAAUUGAAUAGAAAGAAAAUGAAUUAAUAACGAGCGUACCAUAUCGUUAUUUAAAAAGACUGAUAGAUAAGUAAAUCGAAGCUCCAGCGAUUUUACUACCUCCACUUUUGGCCUUUUGCGACCGAGCGAGCAAUGCGUCUUAGCCAGAAAAUGACAUUUUAUUUAAUUUAUGUACAAUUACACAGAGUGCAAUUUGUAAUUUAUAGUUGAAUUUUUAAAUAAAUGAAUAUUUAAUAUUAA